CGAGACGCUGUCGUGUGUAUGCGCGUUCCGAAUUUGAAUUAAAAAUCGAUCGAAAAACAUUCCGUUCUAAUCUCGUGCCCAAAAUAUUUUUAAUCGAUAUAUUAUCGUCAAAUAUUUGUGCAUGUGCUUAUCGAAGCAUGUGAUAGUAUAUAUGUAUAUGCGAGUGAGUGUUUUCUAAACAAUGUUGAUGUCUACCACGUAUGUCAUUGAUGGAAACGCGUAGCAAGUUGCAAUCGGCGAAAAUGUGACUGUUAGGUCGGAUCAUACGUGUUAUCGACUAGUGAUUGAAAAAUGGCCCUUACGGACGUCAACAUAAUAGUUACCGAUGAUUAGCAAAAUGCGGGAGUUUAUAAGAAUCACCUUAGUGUGUGUGUGCGCUUUUCUUUUGACCGUGCAUGAUGGGAGAUGUGAGGAUAUCAGUGGAUCUUCUGAAGUGACGUUGGAGUCAGAAGCAGCAGGAGCCAAAACUGAUGACCAGAGUGAGAGGAAAGAAGGCAAAAGUUUUAUACCAGGUAGCGUCCGGCGAACUACGACACAGAGCAGCGUGAACACGACCCGGGACUCGCAGCUACUGACUCUUCUCGCAGCAAGGAGGAGACAGUUGCUAACAGGGAGGCUGACCAGUCACAUCAACACCAUUGCGACCUUAGCUCACAAGCCUCACAAGGGUAAUACUACGUUCGCUCAAUUGGAAAUCAAAGAUUCGAACAGCUCCGUUGUAAAGAAGAUUAUAUUCGACAAUUCUAGCAAUGAGGCUAUAGCACCUACAUUGAGACUUGUCUCCCGUGAAGGCAAUAGAGAAACACGACAGGAAGUAAAACCGCAUGAAAUAAGGCACUUAUUUAUACCUCGAGUAUUAUAUCAAGAAAAUAAGAGUAGAGCGGGGUUUUUAAAUAAUAGAAGAAAAGAAUUAAUUAAUAAAACUCUUGUAGUAGAAACCACUACGGAGAGCAGUAUUGUGUAUGUCCCUCCAGAAAAAUUGGAAGGCCUCGACAAAGAAGUUGAAUUAGAUCCAGAAGAAGAGUUUCAGGUUGACGAGUCUAAUCAUGGCCUUUAUUUGCUUAAUUAUUCGGAUACAGACAAUAUUACACAAAGUCAUCCAGAUUUAAAUAAAGUUGCAUCUAGUAAUGAAAUUAAAGAUAAUUUUAAAUUUAAUUAUGAUACGACUACAAUUUCAUCAAUUCAAGAGAAUGAAAAAAUGACAACAUUAUCAGAUAGACAGGAGAAAGAAGAAAUAGCAGAAGUAAAUACAAUAGCAAACAGUACUAAUAUUCAUAAAACAAGAUCCGAAAAUGUAGACAGUGACAAAGACAAAGGAAAUCAUACUUUAUUUAUGUCAGAAGAGAUUUACAAUCAUUUUCGACCUCUUGAAACAGAAUUACCUGAUGAAGAAAUGGCCCCAUUUAUAUAUUUUGGUCAGAAGCUUGGAGGUCCAGGUUUCAAUGAUAAUUUAACAAAUUCUCCCUUUUUGUCAGCAUCAACAAAAUCAGUUAAUUUCAUAGCAACACCUACAGAAAAGCGAAAGUUUAACUCAAGAUAUUCUGCUACCGAAAAAUAUAGAAACAAUAGCGCUGGCGAAGAAGAAAUUAACGAGGAUAUGGAUGUUUCCGUUGUAAAAAAUAUCAUAGAAAAAAAUAAAAUAAGAAACACGGUAAAAGGGCCCGCACCAGCGCGACACGUAGGAUUAGUUAAUGCUUAUAGAAAAUAUUCAAGUACAACACAGUCGACUCCAAAGCCACAGUCGAUUGCUUUACUGAACGUAACCGAUUCGAUUAUACAAAAUGUUACGCCGGAAAAUUUAUAUAUAAGCAAAGAAAUUUCACGCUUAAAUAGCACUAUACUUUCAAAAGACUCUAUUCUUAAUAGCAAUUUCACAAAAGACAUUUUAAUAAAUAAAACAAAUCUCACAUCGUCGUCCCCAAGAAACUUUACACGAACGUAUUUUAAUUUACGUAGACGUCCAUCUAGGUUAACUACUUUAUCUAAUACUGAAAAUGUCUUACCUGAAACGACAAAUACGACAACAACCGAAAAAGCUUCAACUUCCGUUUACACUGCUGUUGUCACAUCUGUGUCAAUAACUUCUUCUAUAAAAAGUCAUAAUAAAACAGAUUCUUUGGCUAAAGACUCUGAUAAUAAUACUGUAACUGAAAGUAUCGAAGAAUUAAAAAAUGGUACAAUUCCAAAGACAAUUUUAUUAAAUGAAACAGAAACAACUCUUUUUUCAUCCUCAACGCUGAGGCCAAAUAGACAUAGAAUUAGAAUAAGAACAACAACUACUGAGGGCCCUUUGAAUUCCAAUCUUAGUUCAACGCCCAUGACUUACACUCAAAAACUGUCAGAACCUGCUGUGGUUAGUGACCGAUACAUGAGUGACUUUAGACAAGAAACGACUACUUCGAAAAUAUCCGACAGACUUGCGACUUUAUUUGGACUCAACGAUCAUGAAAAUACGACAAGUGGGAUAACAGCGAGACCAAAAAAUAAAUUGCGACGACGCAGACCAACAACAACGACUAGUACAACCACUACUACAUCUAAUUCUUCUUAUGCUUCCUUGACUACAACAUCUAAUGAAGCAGAACCUACCCGACCAGCAGUUUUCCUUGCAACUACAAUACCCACAACCCAAACCAUUGACACUACUGAAUAUACGUUCAAACCACUUGUCAUUACAUCGCGAACUUCAUCAGAAUCAAGCUCCAAACCUAUUGUAUUAACUUUACAAACGUCUAAUGAAUCAAAUGGAACAGCAGCUAACAACAACACUACUGUUGAGAGGGAUUCACAAAAUGAAGAUGUUGUAAUAGAAGCUGAAAAAACUUAUACUGCAUCGUAUGUUUUAGCUGGUCUUGGGUUUCUUCCGGUCAUAGCUGUUGUAGGAUUUGUUUUAAGAAAUAUUCUCAAUAAGAAAACCAAAGAAAUUGAUACCGAAUAUGAAGGCUAUUUUGACGACGGUGGUGAUAUAAAGAAGGAAUCACCGAUAACUCCAGUUGCACGGCCCCCCAUACCUACACCAACUAAACCUGAUCAAAAAUGGGAAUUUCCAAGAAACAAACUACGAUUACAGACCUUACUAGGACAAGGGAACUUUGGGCAGGUAUGGAAAGCUGAAGCAGACGAUUUAAACGGUCACGAUGGGUUAACACGGCUAGUCGCAGUGAAAACUAUAAAGGAAUCCGCUUCACAAAAAGAGAAGCAGGAACUUUUACACGAAAUCUACAUCAUGCAGAAGAUUGGAACACAUCCGAAUGUGGUUACGCUUCUAGCCUGUUGUACUGAGCAAGAGCCAUAUCUACUUAUAAUGGAGUAUGUAAUGUGCGGUAAGCUGCUAACAUACCUACGCGAGCGACGUUCCCGGCCUGACCGUUUUAGCGGUAGUGGAGCCCUCACUUCGCGCGAUCUCACCGUUUUCGCUUACUGCGUUGCGAGAGGCAUGGACUAUAUCGCUUCCAAAGGGAUCGUCCACCGCGAUCUGGCAGCCCGAAACGUGUUAGUGGAUCACAACAAGUUAUGCAAAAUUGCGGAUUUUGGCAUGUCGCGGAGUGCGGGAGCGUCCGCGCGCGGCGGGCGCGGCGCGCUGCCCGUGCGCUGGAUGGCGCCCGAGGCGCUGCUCUACAACGUGCACAGCCACCACACCGACGUGUGGGCUUUUGGUAUUCUAUUAUGGGAGAUCGUCACGCUCGGUUCGACGCCGUACGCGGCCAUGUCGGGGCGUGAGGUGCUGGCAGCGGUGGCGGAGGGCUACCGGUUAGAGCGUCCACCGCACUGCAAACCUCAACUGUAUCGCGCGAUGCACGCAUGCUGGCACGCUGACCCUUCACAGCGACCUAGCUUUGCGACACUUAAGGCGCAGCUGGCGGAGCUGCUGGAUAAUGAGCCCGCAGAGGGCAACUACGUCGAUCUGGACUCGUUCUACCAAGAGUCUUCAGUCUACAGCGACCCGUCGGCCAUUAUAAAUGACGACGAUGGGCUGUCAGCCGAGUACGACAGAGAAAGGCGGUGUUUUAGAGAAUUACAGACGGGACCACCGACAUUCGAAAAUAGAGCCUUUAAUUUACGAGAUGAAGAACUCCGAAACAAAUUCAGCAUCGGGACACCGCGGAUGGGAGGAUUUGGAAUACGGGAUAUAACCUUCAAUGAAAGGAACUUCUCCGACGGAGAGUUCAAUGACCGAAACUUUCAAGACAAGAACUUCCCGGAUCGAAGUUUUACCGAUAAAAACUUUAACGAUACGAACUUUACAGAGCGUAAAGAUGGCAAACUAUCGACGUCUAGUUUCCACAGAGAGAGGGAGAGAGAGAAUCCAUUGGUCAGUAGGAACAGCUUUAACGGGUUCCCGCGAAUUGGGACAAGGGAAAACCAUUUUCAAAUGACGCCAGAAGGUCGUAACAAGCGAGUGUCAGAAUUUGAAUGCGAUAUUUAAUUAGUGACAUAAAAUAAAUGGAUUCAUAGAUUCGUGAAUUUAAUUAGGUCGCCGUAAAAUAUCUUUGUAGAUAAAUUCUUCAUGGGAUACAUGACUACUUUCUGAAUUUGACCUUUUGCGACACAAAGCAAACGAAAAUUUAUUUUUGUACACAUCGUUUCCAAGCCGUUUGUCUUCAUUGUAAGGUUUCACAUCUAAUCCACCUUGAAGUUUUAUUCGUAUUUGUAGGGUGAUAGAAACUACAAUACAAUAAUAUAAUACAAUCCUACGUAAAAGUAUCUCUUAUUUAAACGUUAUUUUAUUUUGAUUGGAUUUUAAAUAAUCUUUUUCCCUCGUCUAAGCCAAGCGAGCUCAUGACAAAUUAUGCUUUAAGAUUUUAUUUCAAUCGAUCUGUGACUUAGGUCUGUGUUGAUAUUGUAAAUAAAUUUAAUUUAUAACAGUAUUCGUUUGCAGUGAACUUCUUGAUGUCUAACAUUAGAUAAUAAAUAUUGUAAAUAAUAAUUAUGCCGUUAUAAAAUAAGUCUUGUAAUAUAUAUUGUAUACAGCACAGUAAUACGAGCUUCUGAUUUUUGUUAGAUACAAAGUGUGAAAGGAUUUGAUAUAUUAACCCUUUUUUUCUGUACUCUUAAUCUGUUUUGGUUUUUAGAUUUUUCAUUGUGUUUUGUACGAGUUUACUUAUCUUUUAUUGAAGUAACAAUAUCACCGUAUUAAUAAUAUUUACCCAUUAAUUUUGGUGCUGACAGUUAUUUUUUGUAUUCUUGUCUAUUGUUUCUGUAAAUAUUUAACAAAUUUUAAGCAUGUGUUACUAGAAAUAAGGUUUCUUUCAUUUCAAAUCUCAGUUCAAUAUUAUCUUCUAGUCUCUAAAAUGUAUAAUUCUAUUGGAUUGUUAAAUGAUCUGAUUAUUGGAUAAGUUUAAAAGAUUUAUUUUCAAAUAAAUAAAGUAUAAAUUUUUUA